AUGUCAGAUCCACUGAGCAUGUCAGCUAGCAUCGCCGGCAUAAUCAGCCUAGGUGAGGUGGUCUUUCGCAACGUCUAUAAAUAUUAUAGGUCUGCUGCUGGCGCCAAAGACGAGAUAAAACAGAUAGCAGACCAAGUAAACGACUUAAUUAGCGUCAUGAGGGCGCUGGAAGCCCACACGUUGACCUUGGAAUCGGAGGGUCAAACCUUCAACCCCGCACUGAGAAACCACCACCUGCACCGCUGCAACGACACACUCAGACGCAUCGAGAAAAGGAUCAAGAAGCCCCUGGACCAAGUUAGUAAUCUCCAGUCGAGUCGACUGAGUGCUACUCUUCAAAAACUCAAAUGGCCAUUCUCAGCAUCAGAGGCUCGGGAGCUGCUUGCUGAGCUCUCGCAGCAAAAACAGAAUGUCUCGCUUGCCCUAGGUGCUGACUCGCUUCAGUUACUCCAGGAAUCCCUAACCAAGCUAGAUUGUCUAACGAAUGAUGCGGCCAAAAUGAUAAAGAUGGCUCAGCAAAUCAACCAAAAAAUCUUAGUCGACGACAAAAAGCGGGGCGUGCUCGACUAUUUCAUGCCAGUAAACCCGCAGGAUCGCUUGGAUAUAAGCAUCCAGCUCAGACAUCCCACAUCAGGGCUCUGGUUGACAGAAUCCUCGGAAUUCAUCCGGUGGCUGGAAGUGCCGGCCUCAAGAAUUUGGCUGAGUGGCAUCCCCGGUGCGGGAAAGACUGUGCUGGCUGGUGCUGUGGUUCAGGAGGUGAUAGCUCAGAGCUACACCGAGCCCGAUAUUGGCGUCGGGUACUUCUUUUGCGACUAUCGAGAUGACAGAACCUGGCAGCCGUCGAACAUACUAGGCGCAUUAGCAGCGCAGCUCGCAAUGCAGAAACCAGAGGCCUAUGAUAUUCUGCAACGCUACCAUGAGGAACUGCACCCACCCAACCGCCUAACGCUAAGUUUGGACCUGUCCGAGCUAAGGGCAGUGAUUAACAGGGUUUCUGAUGUCUUCUCCAGAGUGUAUCUAAUUGUGGAUGGAUUAGACGAGUGUGGUAGGGCGACAGAAGACGUUGUAGACAUCUUAAAGGAGCUUUCGAACUGCGCAACUAAAGAGUCAUUUGCCUUUUUCAGUCGCGAUCAUUACGAUAUCCGGACCCAUUUGGAAGAAGAGUUCAGGGUUAUAUCUAUCGCAGCCAAGUCCGAGGACAUAAACAACUACGUUUCGGCAGAGCUUAGAAGAAGGAUUCAAAUGGGACAAAUGCGUCUUGGAAAUUCUCAACUUGAAGCUGAGAUCCAAGAAGCCUUGGUAAAACGAGCAAAUGGAAUGUUCCGAUGGGUCGUGUGCCAGAUCGACUACCUCUGCAACUGCGCUCACGAUGACGAACGGAGGGAAGCACUCAAUACUUUGCCUCCUGAUCUGCCCGAGAGUUAUCGCCGCCUUCUUGAGCGAGUAUAUGACCAUUCCCCCCGCGUCCAGGCCAUAGUUCAGAUGGUCUUGCGUUUCAUCGCAUUUGGAAAACCCUUGACAAUUCCACAGCUUACGCAAGCUGUAUCAACUCCGAAAGAAAUAGGGUCAACACUGAGUGGAAGCAACACCGUCAGCGAGCAAGACAUUAGUCGUUGGUGCAGCAGUCUUAUCCGUGUUAGCAAGUCUUGCUUUGAGUUUGCACACUUCUCCGUAAAGGAGUUCCUCCUGGAUAGAAAAGCAUUGUCAGAUGGUUCGGCUUCGCGUACGAACCUCGAAUCGUUCUUGAUCGUGGAAGAAACCAGCGCGAAUAUUUUAACUUCCCAGUGCUUGAACUUUUUGCAACUGCAGAAUUUCGACCGUGAGCCACCUCUGAGUGAGGAGGCAUUCCAAGAGCUGCAUCACAACUAUCCUUUUUACCUUUAUGCUGCUAUGGAUGUCCUCUCCAGUAUCGUGGACGGCAUUUCUAGCCCCGAAUUGCUGGCAGGUGCCAUAGCCUUCUUCCGCCCGUCAAAAACCAAAAACUUUAGUUUUUGGAUAUUCAGUGUCCUCUGCCAAUUUCAGGCCGCAUACUUCAACCGCACCGGAGACUUGGCUCGGUCUAAAGCUGAUGAAGUUGUGAGGGACCCGAAUUUCCAAACCAUUUUCUUGGCCGCAGCCUUGGGGGCAUCCGAUAUGUGUGAGAGCUUGCUUCGGGGUGGCGCGCCUAUAGACUUCCACUUUCGUGGGACAGGUCUGGCGGACGCGGCGGUUUUGGCCACCUACGCCAUUUUCCCCCAUUGUGACGGGGCGAGAACAGCAUUCCAGACAGCCCCGGAGGUGUUUUGGCCAAAAAUGUUCGCCGGAAGUCGACGCACAGAGACGAUCCAAGUCCUCGUCCAAAAAGGGGCUACUCUAUCUAAGUCUCUAGUAUUGAUCUCCGAGUCAACCUUUCGUUUCGUGUCGCGGGUAUAUUUCCGCUCUGCCUUCGAUUUUAGACCCAUAACGACUAUUCUGAGAUCAGGGUGUUUCCCACAAGACGGCGAUUUGAACCACUUGAAAGCCCAGCUCCUCCAUCCUACCACAGCCACCGUCGGCGACGUUCUCAUAGAAACUUCCUGGGAAUUAUUGACUUGGCUGGCUGACUCAGAGCGCGGAGAAAUGCCUUGGAUUUCACCGCUUCGGGCAAUCGUUUGGCAAUGGGCUCUUGAUGCGGAGAUGCCAUACACGACUCGGUUUUCUGAACUAUCAUCCACUAAGGAUGCUACUCAGCAGGCUCCUUUGCCGGAGGACGAUGAUGCUUUUAUUCAGAGAAUCAUGAAUGCGGUCACCGCCGUUCAUAACAAUGAUUUGGACGAACUGAGAAGGUGUAUAAAUGACGAACGAGCGCCCCGGAAGGACCAGAUCUACACGAGAUGCGGGGGGACUCUAUUGCAUUGCGCGGUUCAACGCUGCGCCCUCGAUGCUAUAAAACUUCUCCUCCACCAUGGAUAUGAUGCGGCAGCGAGAAAUGCUUUUGGGAACACACCACUGCACAUUGCCCCAGAUGUUGAUAUCAAAAGUAUCAUGCAUAUUUUCCAUGACUUUGGGUGUUCUCUAUCGUUGCAGAACGUCAGAGGUCACACUAUACUGCACGCCUCGGCAGACUCUCGCCUGGACACUAUCUUGGAGUGCAUGAACAGCGUGAGCCCGCAGGAGAUGUGGCAAGCAUUGUUAACCCGUGAUAAUGAAGGACGAACGCCGCUCACCCUAGCGCUGUCCUCCAAUAAUAGCCAUCAUCACGAGAGGGAGAAGAAUGUACUGAGUAUCCUACAAUACUGCUCCUCUGCACCUCUAGGGUUUUGGGAGAGCCACCCUCCAGUGAUUGGGCUCGCAGCUUUGUUUGGGUCAGAAAAAAUAAUAGCCUCCAUAGUCGACAAGGCGGGCGCUUUUGCUUGUCGUCCUCCAGAGAAUGUGGAAGAUUCGUGGACGGCCCUGCACGAGAUUAACCCAACCACUACUUUGGCAGCUGCUAGAUGUCUUGGAAAUCUAUAUCCAGGAGGUAAUGAAACCGAAUUUCGAGGCAAUUUGCCAUUUCAGUCCUAUUUGCAACGCAUAUUCUCCCUCGGCAACUCUGUAGUCUGCACCGGACCGGAAUUGGUCCUCUUGGAACUCACACCCCGAAGCCGCUAUUCAGAUCUCUGGUCAAGCACUUGCAAGUCAUUCAAAAAUCUCGGAUACAGCCAGGAGGACAAUGCGGAGCUCAUGUCAAGACUAGUAGAAUCAUUUAUGCGCGAAAAUGUUCUUGCUGAAUACGAGACUGAACGACGCGCUUCCGGCCUGGUACCACUCUUCGAGGCUUGCUCACAUAGCAUAUCAGUAUUAAACAGCAGUAUUUUGAGAUGCGCCAUAUCAUCAACAGCACACUGGGAAGAAACGAGAGCAUCAAAACAGAGCGUACGCUUUUUGAAAAGAGCCACAAGUUACGGAGACAGCUCGGUAGUCUUAAUGCUUCAGGAACAUGGCGUUGACAUACACCAGCGUGUAGAUGGAUCUUCCGCUAUAGAACAUGCUUGCUAUCGAUCUAUAGCUAGCCAGCUAUGUAUUACAGAGGAUGGAAAACAGCUGCUCCUCAGCCUUCUGGAUAAAUUCGACCCUAUUCGUGCUCAGGAACUUGACCCCACGGGCACGGGAUUUGACCUUUUACAAUGUCUUGUCAACUCUAAUAACGGGUUGAGAUCAAGAGGAAAGUAUCCGGAUGACUCGCCUCAGCUAUCAUGGCUGGUGCGACAACUGAUCCAGAAAGGCUUCGACGUCAAAGGAAAUUCACAAUCCGCACCCGCGACAUCCAUUUUGAGAUUGUAUAUCGAGAGCUGUCUAUGCGACUGCGCCAUCACCCUCAUUCAGCUUGGUGCGGACCCCUGGCAUGCAGAUCCCAGAGACCAACUUGAUCCGGUUGGUGUUUGUAUCAUCAGGGAUGAGCUGAUGAUACUUCGGGGCAUCAUGCAGGUGUAUCACCACGAACACCCACAUUUUAGUAAUUGGGCAAAGCGAUUUGAUUACAUUGGAAGCAGAAACGGGAAAAGCUUUAAGCUGAACGAUAUCAGCUAUCUUCAUCUAAGCGUUGCUCUGGGCCGAACCGACUGUGCCAGUUUCCUUGUUCGCCAUCAACUCAGUCCCGAUGUCAACGUAGCAUCUAGAGAGGGCUACACCCCAUUACACCUGGCAUGCGUCCUUGGCAGUAUGUUGGGCAUACGAUUCUGCUUCUCUAAUCAGGCCAGUUUAAACGCUAGGAGUGUAGAUGGAAGCACACCUUUGCAUAUUGCAGUUCGGAAUGGUCAUUUCGCUGCGGUAAAAGCUCUGGUGACGUGUGGUGCCACGAACUGUCUCGACAUCUUGGGCUUAAGCCCAGCAAUGUAUGCUUCCGACUUGGGGCUAUAUGACAUACAAAACUACCUGGAAGAUGCGUUUGCUACCGUGAACGCUCAUCCACACGCGGCAUUGGUGAAGCCAACCGCGCCACUGUCGUCUCUGCCACAUUUCAAGGUUUUUGUAAAUCGGCUCUUUGAUUCGAUUCGUCUAGGGAGAUUGGAGGAAUGUAAAAGCUUGGUCCAAUAUGGCUAUUCAGUCGAGAGCCCAGAAUCUAGCCGUUCGGGUUUAUCACCUCUAUUCGUGGCUGUUGAUCAAGGUCAGCACGAAAUGGUGAGGCUUCUCUUGGAUGGGGGGGCAAGUGCAACUCGUGCAUUUUCCAUCCGAGGGCGUUGCCGAUCCGUCUUAGAAUAUUGCAUCACGAAAAAGCGGCUGAACGUGGUCCUCCCUCAACUUGCGCAUAGCUACCUUGCUGAAGGGGGGGACUUGGUCAACGGCGCCGACUUUCCCUUACACGAGGCAGUUAGGGCUAAGAAUUUGGAGGGGCUAAGAAUUCUUAUUGAAAGUGUUGAGAAGAUGACUGAGACCCUCGCGUACGUGUAUAUGCAUAUCCUCUAA